AACAACCCAAUGUACGCCGUCUCUUAAAUUGGAAAGUGGUCAAGUAACUUGAGUGUUUAGUUAGCGUUGCGCUGUUUAGUUCGUCGCUUGUACGAAGGAGUUUCCAUUGCAACGAACUGGCCAAUUAGAAGAAAAAAAGUACCGCUCAAUUCCGUGGCGGGAACCGUUUGACAGCUGUCAAAAUUUUUCGUGAAUUUUGCGUUUUUUUUUUGUUGUGCUCUCAUAAAAAAUUGUGCUGUGUUUUACGUUGGUGUAUUUAAUUCCGAAGAUAUUGCGGUCACCGUUGAGAGCUGCGCGUACGCACCCGGCCCGCGUCCGCCCGCCAGUCGCUGUCCUACCACCGACCGCGACGGACGUAAUGUGCGCAACGCUCGCGCGCUAAUGCAACGGAUUCAGUGAUUGUGUGUGCAUAUUGUGUUUGUGUGUGUGUGACUAUUCAAAAUGCAGGGCCGCGAUAAACUGUGCGCCAAGUUGACGAGCGCCUUCUUGAGGAAGUGGUGGUUCGUACUUGCAUCAGCCGUGGUGCUGCUCCUCCUCGGCAUUAUUUGCGCGAUAUUCUUCAGCACGUGGGUGCGACUGUUUAUUGACCAUGAGCUGGUGCUUCGCCCCGGCUCGAUGACGUUCGAAUGGUGGGCGAGGCCGCCGGUGCGUCCCUUCGUUCGAGUGUAUGUGUACAACGUGACGAACGCUGAUGAGUUUCUGAAUAAUGGCUCCAAGCCGAUACUGGAUGAGCUCGGACCUUAUGUUUACUCUGAAGAAUGGGAGAAGAUGAACAUCACAGACAACGAGAACGGCACAUUGUCGUUUUUCUACCAUCGCACGUAUACGUUCAUGCCGGAAUUGAGCGCGGGGCCCGACGAUGACUCUGUGGUGGUGCCCAAUAUACCUAUGUUGAGUGCAACAUCCCAAUCGAAACACGCGGCGCGUUUCCUCCGUCUAGCCAUGGCGUCCAUCAUGGACAUACUCAAGAUAAAGCCCUUCGUCGAAGUCUCUGUUGGUCAACUGCUCUGGGGGUAUGAGGAUCCCCUACUGAAGCUUGCUAAGGAUGUAGUGCCGAAGGAACAGAAACUGCCGUAUGAGGAGUUUGGUCUGUUUUAUGGGAAAAACGGCACAGCCGCCGACCCCGUUACCAUGUUUAGUGGUGCGACAGACAUAACAAAAUACGGUAUAAUAGAGCGCUACAACCACCGCGACAAGCUACCGCACUGGCUCACCGACGAGUGCAACAGCAUCGCCGGCUCUGACGGAUCGAUAUUCCCCCCGCACAUCACUAGAAACGACACUUUACAUGUGUACGACAAGGAUUUGUGCAGACUGCUGCCGCUCAAGUAUCUAAAAGACGUGGAGUCCACAGCCGGUGUGCAAGGCUUUCGUUUCACACCACCAGUUGAUGUAUUCGCUGACGAUGAGCACAACCGUUGCUUCUGCCCCGCCGGCCCGCCGUGUGCGCCCAAUGGUCUGUUCAACGUGUCGCUGUGCCAGUAUGAUUCACCAAUAAUGCUAUCGUUCCCGCACUUCUAUCUCGCCGACGAGAGUUUCCGCGAAGCGGUCGAAGGAAUUUCCCCGCCCGACCCGGAGAGGCACAGAUUAUACAUUGAUGUACAGCCGGAGAUGGGCACAGCGAUGCAGGCGCGCGCUCGGAUACAGAUCAACCUCGCCGUGUCGCAGGUGGUUGAUAUCAAGCAAGUUGCCAACUUCCCGGAUAUUGUGUUCCCGAUAUUGUGGUUCGAAGAGGGCAUAGACGAACUGCCCGACUCUGUCUCGUCCCUACUCCGUUUAGCAACACGAGCCCCUCCCGUUGCUCGGGCGGCGCUCUCUUGGGGACUGUCAGCGUUGGGGGCGCUGUUACUGCUGCUGGCAGUUACGUGCCUCGUGCGUUCUUCCCAUCGGCAAAGCACGCUCCGGCUUGAAGGGCACGCGGUAGCGAAACCUCCUCCAAGCAAGAAUGGAAAAGACAACGGCUACGAACUUAAUAGCCGUAGAUAAUAGAGAAGAGAAGAGUAAAGAGGAGAAAAGUAGAGUAAAGAAGAGAAAAGAAGAGUGGGGAAGAGAACUUGAUAUUGACCGCGUUUGAAGGUACUAUUGGAUUUGGUGCUGCAGUAGGAACUUACAACUGUAGUAGUAUACUAUUAGUAUGUACUGUAGUAGUUAAUCACGACUAUAGUAGUAAAACUUGUAGUAGAUAUUACUGUAGUAGUGAAUAAAUUGACUAUUAAAUGUCUCAUAAAUGUAAUUUUUCUAUGUUAAUAUUUUUUUUUUACUUAAUUAAUAAAAAUGUCAUAUUAUGGUGGAUAUUUGCCAAAUUUUAUAUCUAUAGAAAAUUUCAUGUAAUUUAUGCUUUUUUUUGUAUUAUUUUAAAUUAAAAAACGCGGUCUCUAUUAAGUGUGAUUUUGAAAGUCUGUAGUAAAGUUACUUUUGACAGUUGAGAAAAUUGUAUACUUUGUGACAUUUUGACAGAUUAAAAAUUGUACUUAAAUAAAGUAGAUUAAGUAUCACUUUUGAAGUGAAACUUCUUAAGGCGCGUUGAGAGUAAAAUUUCACGGUCGCGUCAUGGCAAUACCGUCACGACAUGGAUUAAGAUUUUGGUAUCUUUGAACCUUGCCAAAGAAGUUUCACUUCUGACACGUGUGCUCGGCACACAAGCUCUUUUAUUAAUGUCGAGCAUUUUAAGUACCUACUAUGAAAUAGUUCGUAAUUAAUUUUGUCAACUGUCUGAACACUGUUUAUUACUCGAUUAUAAAUAAUUUUAUUUUUGUAGCCAUCUUGUAAAAUUCUUAUAAAUUUUUAGGCAUUGCCAGGUGCAAUAAUAUAUAAGGUUCUGAUUUCAAAAUAACAAUUUUAUAAUAUGGCUAUAAAAAUAUAUUAUGUAGAAUAAAAAAGCAAUAGCCACAAAUAAUUAUAAAUAAUCGUUAAUUUUAAACGUAUUAUAUAAAUAUAAUAUAAAUACUUACGGAAAAAAUGGUAUUUCGAAUGUUGGUGAAAUAUUUUUCGAAUUAUCCUUUUUUCCUCAACUAUUAAAGUUAAUGCAUGGCAACACAGUGCAUUUAAUGACAUUAGUUUUGGCGGGAAAUUUAAAGUGACGUUUUCUUUUUUUUCAUUGAGAUACGUCAUUCUUGUUGUUUUUUUUGUCUGUUUUUUGUCACAAUAUUAAUGGAAAAACUUCCGCGGUUCGCUGUGUGUGCCUUAGGCUUAAUUUAAUACGAAUUCUCUUUUUAUGUCUACUAUUUUAUAGGAAAUCUACAACGAUGUGAUAAGCUUCCAUAUUGAUAUUAUUUUUGAACAAAUUUAUUAGUGCUUAUAUAAAAAAAAAUUGACAUGUCAUUUGUAAAUAUAACCUCUAUAGGGAUCGGGGUUGACGAUUAACAUUUUUUUUUUUACCAAUUAAAAUAUUUUUAAAACAUUAUUAUUACCGAUAGUAACUAGUCUUUAUGGGUCCGUCCUUAGGCCUUAGGUAAACUAUUUUUUUUAUAUUUCUUCUCUUGGAAUGGUUUAUUGUACUUAGAUUUAGGUUGUGUAUGAUGCAUCACAUUAUAAUAUGUAUUUUAUUAAAUCUAAUAUGUCAAAUAAUCGGUUCUAUUUUUUACAUUUUUUUUACUCUCGUUGAAAAUAACUCGUUAUUGUGACACUUGACGUUUUUAAGUAAUUUGCCUCUGAUACGGCAUUAAAUUGAAAUUUUAUGUAAUAAAUAUUGUUUCUUUUAUUGUUUUUUAUGAAAACCUUCGAACGGCAUUGGCGGGAAAUUGUAUUGUCAUAACUUAACUUUGACAUAUGUCACUUUGACAGUGUCAGCUGGAGUUAACGUUUAAGAAUUGAUAAAUUUUAUAUAUGACAAACAUAAGACUGAAGAAUCCGUCCGUAAAUAGAUUGUUUUUGCUUUUUUCUAUCGACAAUUUAAAAACUUGCCACUGCCGUUAAAAUACCAACGAUUUUGCUCAAAUUUGGGACGAUAGUCGCUUCUCUUUGUAUAUGUGAACGUUUAAAUUGUGUGUAGUGUAAAUAAAUGAAUAAAGGUGUAAGAUUUAUUA